AUGGCGAGCUUCAUUCUCUCCAGGUCAUUCCUCGUUCUCCUCCUGACUUUCACUUCACUCUUCUCCACAAUCUCUAUAUCUGAAGCUACAUCAUCCUUCUCUUUCACAAGGUUCGAUAGAAACGCGACCUUUGAGUCUGACGACAUUUCCCUGUACGGCGACGCAAAGCUCGUGGACGGCGGAGCUUCGAUUCAGCUGACUGACUCAGUGAGUGGUGGGGUCUUUUACAAGAAACCCAUCGAGUCCAAAGACACUAAAGCCGACUUCUUCACUGGUUUCUCUACUGUCUUCUCUUUCUACAUGUCACGUGGUCGUGGUGGGAGUGUAGCUUUUGUCGUGUUUCCUUCUAACGGAACACUUGAUCACUCUUUAUCCGAAGUCAAGAUCGACAUUUCUAAUAAUUUCACCAAGUCUAAAGACUCCGGUGUAACGGUUGGUGUAUAUGGUUCUACGGUUCCUGAGAAGAUAAGCAACCUCACGGUUGUUAACUCCAAGGAGGAGGAUGAGGAGGAGGAAGAGGAGGGGAAGAUGUUGUUGUAUGUCUGGAUUACUUACCAAGCGAAUAUCAGGUAUGUAGAUGCUUCGUUAACCAAAUCAAAACACUAUAAAUAUCCAAAGACUGGGUUCAGUUCCCGGAUUGAUUCGUUGAAAGACGAGGACGAGUUCAUGGUCGGUGUUAAGUCGUAUAGCGGGAGCUUUAACCUCCACUCUUGGAGAUUACAAGCGGGACACUUCUCUAGGAGUAUACUAUACUCGUAUGCGGCGGUUCUUGAGUCACAGCGUAGAUGGCAGGAGAAGAGAAGAAGAGAGAAGAUGUGGGGGACUGUGACUUGCUUCCUUAUGACCUUUGGAUCUGUAGGGCUUCUGUUCUUCGCUGUGAUGCGUAUAUGGGCAGCCCUCGAAAGGAACUAUCUUGUGGUGCCUGAGGAAUGUGGGCAGAAGAAGAAUAAGGAGUUCGAAUACGAGAAGAUGGCCGAGAAAGUUGAAGUUAAUUUUGUGACGAGUAAAGCUGAGGCCCAACAAUUCAAAAAAUGUAGAGACUAUUAG